CGUACAAGCUAUUUCAAUCUUGGAAAGAAAAAAAACAAAUAACAUGGACAUAAAUCAUAAUUUUGGGAUACCAAAAUGCACCAGCCGCACGGGGGCAGGCGGUGGCCAAAACGCGCUUCGGUUUCAGUUGGCAACCUUCUCUGCAGUUUUCUGGUCGCCGGGUUUCCCUAUUGCACGUAGCGCCUGGUUCCGGGCAGAGCUCAGAUGUUUCCGUUGCUGCAACAAUAUUUUGUGAUCAGUAGUCUGCAAAAUUUAAUUUUGGGGUCAGUGAGACCAAGUCCAUCAAGGGCAGCGCCAUAGUUCAAUGAAAAACUUCUCCCACAUCAUCAAAGGAGAACAAGAUUAAAGGACCUUUCGUUCUGUUGUUAAUCAAUGAGAAUGGAAUAGCUCCAGGGACCAACCCUUAUAAUUCCCCCCAUCACCGCAGCAAGAUUUCUCAGCAAACCCACUUCUUCCCCUGUUCUCUGCAGGCCACGAAACAGAGUAAUCGAAAUGUCUCACCUCCGCCAAACAAUCCUCCGCAAUCUUACUUCCUCCUCCUCCCUCACCGUCCGCCGUUACUUCUGCCGCUUCCCUGCUUGUUUAAUCUCCCCAUCCCGCCGUUGCUCGCUCCAUCUCCCCGCCAAACAAUCCCACCCAACCUUACUCCCUCCCUCCGGCUUUUCUACCACUUCUUCCCCUGUUCUCUGUAGGACACAAACAACCGCUCUUCACUCCCCACUAAUCCAAAGGUCCCACCUUUAUUCCCACAUCGUCAAAACCACUGACGAAAUACAAAUCUCUCCGCCGGCGGGCUCUGUUCCCGCCACUUCCGUCCCGCUCACAUUCUUCGACAUUGUAUUUCUAGGCAUUAAACCCAUCCAACGAGUCUUCUUCUACAAUCUCCCAAACUGCAACGUUCCCCACUUCCGCCAAACCAUCCUCCCCAAUCUAACUUCCUCCCUCUCCCUCGCCCUCCGUUACUUCUACCCUUUUGCUGCUCGCCUCGUCUCCCCGUCCCGACCCGGAAAGCCCUACAUCCACUACUCCGACGGCGACUCUGUUUCCCUCACCGUCGCCGAGACCUCUCUCGACUUCGACCAAGUCUCCACCGACCUCCCCAACGACGCCGCCUUGCUCCACACUCUUCUCCCCAAACUCCCUCCCGCCGAAUCGAAGCCCGACGACGAUGGCGCAACCGUGGCCCCGCUUCUCGCCGUGAAGAUCACUCUGUUCCCCAACUCUGGCGUCUGCAUCGGGUUCGAAUUUCUCCACGUGGCAGCCGACGGGUUGGCUUUCAGCCAUUUCGUGAGAUCCUGGGCUUCGAUUUGCAGGUCCGGGGGCGAGGACUCGAGCUGGGUCGAAAACUCACCGCCGUGCCUCGACCGAUCGUUGAUCCACGACCCGAGAAAUCUGAAGGACAUUUUCACCGAACAAGUGUGGAAUUUUGCGGAGGCUUGGCAGGACGACUCGAUCCUAUGUCAACAUUCGGGUAAGGUCCGUGCGACGUUCGCGAUUGACAGAGAAGAUAUAUCCAGGCUGAAAGCCGUGGUGAAUCACGACAAUUUCGGCGACGGCAAACAGCUUUCACCGGCGUCGGCAUUUGCAGUGUCGAGCGCUUUGAUAUGGACCAAUUUGAUGAAAUCCCUAGAUCUCGUAGAAGAAAAAGAAGGGGACGGCGGCGGCGGCGACAAAAUCGACAGCUACGUGAUUGUGGCAGAUUUCCGCGGCCGUCUCGACCCCCCGCUCCCGGCUACCUACUUCGGCAACUGUGUCGGGGUAAAGAUAGUGUCGGUGAAGCGGAGACAACUGCUGGGAGACGACGGCUUCGUGGUGGCGGCGAAAGCAAUCACGGCGGGGGUUCAGGGGCUCGGAGAGGAGGCGAUGGAAGAUGCGGAGAAAUGGAUAACGGGAUUUGGGGAAGCUUUCAAAUUUGGGAAAGUUGUGACGGUUGCCGGGUCGCCGAGGAUGCGGGUCUACGAGACGGAUUUCGGGUGGGGGAGGCCGAGGAAGGUGGAGCCGGUGCAGAUUGACACUUCCGACACGGUUUACUUCUCCGAUGCGAGAGAUGAGGAAAGGGGCGGGCUUGAGUUCGGGUUGGUGCUGAGAAAGGAUGAGAUGGACACAUUUGUGACUUUGUUUGAGAAACUUUUGAACCAACUACGUCAGGUUGAUUGAGGCAAGAAAUGAAUAAUCCUAAUAUCUCAGCUAGUUGAAUAAGGUGAAAAUUUUGAUUCACAAAUUGGUGUGGAAAGUAAUGGUCUGCGUAAUAAUACUCGUAUGAGAUAAAGAUAAAUUUCGAAUAUUAGGAUCACAGACCAAGCCAUCGUUGUAUUUAGUUCGGUUGGUGGGACCUAAAAGUUAAAAUAUAUUUUUUUUUCUUUCAAUAUUUAACGAAAUCAAAGACGGAAUGACAUUAUAUUCGGUUUGGUAAUGAUAUAGUAGAAACGUCAGUUUGCAAACCCCUGGUUCAUAGACAAGGUUGCAAAGCCCAAUCCCUAUUGGGCAUUAUGAUACCGAACCAACGCACAAUGGUUUUCUUCUUCUCUGAUCUUGCAAUCUCAAGUCCAAACAUUUGGACCUCUCUCUGCAGCUUUAGCCUUAGGUCACCCAAUUCGUGGGGUUAGCUCUCACGAUCCUGCUCUAAAGCGGGAAAACGCGUUUUUUGGGUAAUUCACGAAAAAGUCGCGAAUUAUUUAUACUUGGAGCGCGAAUCUGAUCCACGAGAGCACGAUUUCUAGGAGCACUGCCAUUUAAGAGGUGAGGAGGGCCAAUAAACCGUCGGCGAUAGCUUUAGGUAUGAGUUGCCGCUGCUCUGUUUUGGUGUACUUAGAAAACAGAGAUCAAACUUAUGAUCGAUUCCUCGGGGUCCCCUAAGCUUCACAGCUGGAACUUUGCCGCGAUUAUGAUUUAUUCCGUUGAUGGAGACGACUGAUGCGGAAGCUGGUUUCAGAGAGAGAUGCAGCGGCGACGGGGUUCCAGGGAGAUGGGUAAAGUUCAAAGCCGUCUCUGUUUUCUGGGUCCUUUUAGUGAAGAAGAACAGAGGUUUAACUCUGCCUCUCGUGUUGAUUCAAUGGAUUAGGUUUUACACCUUAAUUGUGGGCUUUAGUUGUGCUACCAAGAAGGGCUUCUUCUCUUUUCAAUUUUCACACUUUCCUUGAUUCUGUCAUUUGAAACUUAGGGCAUGUUUGGAAGUUAGGAUUCUCUAAAUUGAUGUAUUUAAUCAAUGUAUGUAUUAUAAUUAGAUGCAUUGUUUCAAUGUAUGAAUUUGAAAAAUACAUUGUUUGGAGAUUGAAUGAUUUUGGUGGUCCCUCAAAGAAUAAGGAACAAAAAGUAAGACAACAAUCCCUCAAACACAAUCUCUGCUAAAAGUUGAGAUUGACAAUCAUUCAUAAUGGAUGAUUCUGGUGGGCCCAUCUGCUGUUCAAAUACAAGCACUCUGUUUCAUUUUAAGCCAAAAAAACAAUGAAUUCUUCUGAUUACAUGUAUUGGCUAAAUACAUCAUCUGAAAUCCCAACUUCCAAACGAGCCCUUAAUUCCUUCUACUUUUCUAGGUUUUCAAUGAAAUUUCAAGAAAAGA